AAACUGCUCACUCGCUCAUCCGGAAGACUAGAAGAACUCCAGCACGUCUCCCACAAAUCCUCAAACCCUCUCCCUCCCAGAUCACAGCUCCCGCACACGCUUCCACUCACCCGAGGCCGCCGGGGGGCCACCGGCCGCCGUCCGCGGGUGAGGGCGACCCUUCCCAUCCCGGGCUCCCGGCCAACUUCUCCUUUCACCUCCACGGCGACCUGACGCAGGAAACUCCAUGUGAUCCCCGGCCCGAUCCGGCCGCUCCGCCCCCUGGAUGGAAUCUAUCCCUGGAGCGCGCUAGCAUGAUCCGCCCCCGCGCAUCUCGCUCUGCACGUCCCGAGAAAGUAGCAAGAAAACAGCGCCGCGCCCACACAGGAGCACACGGGCGCGCCGCCGUCCCUUUCCUGCUCCCCCCCCCCCCCCCCCCCCUCCCCCCCGAGAAAUCCCAAGGUUCCUUUUGCUUACUGUUAGAGUAGCUUUCCCCCCUUGAUCGAGCAGUUCUGAGCUCUUCGAUGCCCCACCACUUCACCCCGCUUUUCUGAGCAUUUUGCUUCGGUUCUCGAGUAUAAAGAUCCCGCCUUUUGUUGCCUUCGUGUCUCCUCCCGGUUCGAGUCCCCCGGAUCCACGAUUCUAGAUUGGCGAGUUGGGAGUUGGGGUCAUGGAGGCAGCCGCGGCUGUGGCAAUGGCGGAGCAGGUGGUGGCGGACCUCCGAGAGAAGUGUGAGACGCCGGCGGCGCUGCUGCGCGAGGUGGCGUCGUCGAUGGCCCACGAGAUGGGCGCGGGACUGGAGAAGGAAGGCGGGAGCAGGGUCAAGAUGCUUCUCUCCUACGUUGACAAGCUCCCCACAGGGAGAGAGGAAGGAUUGUUCUAUGGAUUGGACCUAGGAGGAACAAACUUCCGCGUCUUGAGGGUGCAGUUGGGUGGGAAUGAGAAGCAUGUCGUUAACCGUGAGUCCAGAGAAGUCAGUAUUCCUCCACAGUUGAUGUCAGGGAGCUCCUCGGAUCUUUUUGGUUUCAUUGCUUCUGAACUGGCCAAGUUUGUUGCUGAUGAAGAGAAGUGCGAUAACAUAUCAAAUGGAAAGAAGCGAGAACUAGGAUUCACAUUUUCAUUCCCAGUGAAGCAACGUUCAGUUGCUUCGGGUACCCUUGUCAAGUGGACAAAGGCAUUUUCCAUUGAUGAUGCUGUAGGUGAAGAUGUAGUGGCUGAAUUGCAAACAGCUAUGGAGAAGCAAGGUCUGGAUAUGCAUGUAGCUGCAUUGAUUAAUGAUGCUGUUGGUACUCUAGCUGGAGCAAGAUACUAUGACAAAGAUGUUGUUGCUGGUGUCAUAUUUGGAACUGGCACAAAUGCAGCAUAUGUUGAGAAGGCAAACGCCAUUCCAAAGUGGGAAGGCGAGUUGCCCAAUUCAGGGGAUAUGGUCAUCAACAUGGAAUGGGGUAACUUCUGUUCAUCCCAUCUUCCUGUCACUGAAUAUGAUCAAGAAUUGGAUGAGGAGAGCCUGAAUCCGGGAGAGCAGAUCUACGAGAAGUUAAUGUCAGGAAUGUAUUUAGGUGAAAUUGUAAGGAGGGUGCUCCUUAAAAUAUCAUUGCACUCCUCAAUUUUCGGCAAUAUUGAUCACACUAAGCUCAAAACCCACUUCGUCUUGCGGACUCCACAUAUUUCUGCAAUGCACCAUGAUGAAACACCUGAUCUGAAGAUUGUGGCUGAAAAACUGGAAGAAAACCUAGAGAUAACAAGCACAUCUUUGGAGACUCGAAAAUUGGUUGUAGAAGUCUGUGACAUCGUGGCAAGAAGGGCAGCCCGGCUGGCUGCUGCAGGGCUUGCAGGGAUCCUCAAAAGGCUCGGGAGAGAUUGCAACGCCCAGGAGCAACGAUCAGUCAUUGCCAUUGACGGGGGAUUAUUCGAGCACUACACCAAAUUCCACGAAUGCUUGGAGAGCACACUGGGCGAGUUGCUGGGAGAGGAGGCGUCCAAGUCAGUGGCCGUCAAGCACGCAGAUGACGGUUCAGGAAUAGGUGCUGCCCUGAUUGCAGCUUCGCAGUCUCAGUACAGAAAUGUUGAGUGAUAUAGUAAAAGCUGGCAAAAGUAUUUGCCAUACAUCUUGGGAAGAUUAACUAGCAAGUAGCUCGAAAUUCUUCCCCACAUCUUAACAGUCCAGCAUGUGCAGUUCACAAUGCUGAGCUGGAAGCAAUCUGUAACCGAAAUGAGGCUUGAGGAAGUGACUAUGCAUAGUUCCAAUAACAGUGGAGUUGCAGAGGUCUCCUAAUCAUAAAUUUAGACCUAUUAACUAUUUUUUUUAUGCAUGAACCA